AACACACACACUGUGCAAGUGUUGCCACUUCCAAAACCUCUUCUUCCCAAUUAGCCUUAUAAUCAAGUUCUGAAAAUGUUGUAAGCCACACAAAAAGAACUGGUAUUUGAGUUGAACACAUUUUUCAGUUUCCCUCCUAUUCAUCUUUUGACCUUUCACAAUGCAAGUGUAAGAAUAAAGAGAACAAAAAACCAACGCUUGAAAAGCAUGGUGGUGGCGGAGUCUGAGAUGAACUCACAAAACGACGAUGAAUCUUCGAUAGAGUUGGAGCAACAGCACGACGUCAACAAGAAUCACCCAUUCUCUUCAUUGGGAAGAGAAGCUUCUUCCAUCUACUCCAUCACCCUCGACGAGUUCCAACACACGCUAUGGGAGAAUGGCAAGAACUUUGGGUCCAUGAACAUGGACGAGUUUCUCAGCAGCAUAUGGUGUGCAGAAGAAAUUCAAAUUUUAAACAACAGCAACAGCAGCAUCAACGUUAGCAGCUUCUCACUGAAUGAAGCUUCCGCAGAAAAAGGGUUGAUAAGGAAGCAACCGAGCCUUCCUCGGCAAGGGUCUCUAACACUUCCUGCACCUUUGUGUAGGAAAACAGUGGACGAGGUUUGGUCUGAGAUACACAAAGGACAACAACAACGGCAACCACAGAAAAACAACGACAAUAACUGUGGAAGCGUUAAUAAUGAUAACAAUGCUCAAAAUACCGAUUCUGCCAGUCGCCAACCUACCUUUGGAGAGAUGACUUUGGAGGACUUCUUGAUAAAAGCUGGGAUAGUUCGUGAACAGUGUGCCAUUGCAACGCCAGUUCCAGCUUCUACAAGUCAAAAUCAGCAUUUGCAGCAGUAUGGCUUCUUUCCUAAUAACAACCGUACAAUGGAGCCUUCUUUUGUCGGAAGGCAGGUGAUGGGGCUUGGUGGCGGCGGUUUCGGCGGUAGUGCUGGUGGGAAUGUGGUUAGACCACCUUAUCAGGCGGUGACUAAGGGUGGUGGUGGGGGUGGUGCAGUUGGACAGUCUUCUGGGUAUCCGGCGGCAGUGCCGUCAGCGGUUUGCUUUGGACCGAGGGCGGUGAAUGGUGGCGGUGGUUACGAGGCAGUGAGCAACGUGGGAGUGGUGGCGCCGGUGAGCCCGGUUUCGCCGGAGGGGAUAGGUACUGGUGAAAAUUUUGGUUCCAGAUUUGGGAUGGACAAAGUUGUGUCAAGAGGGAGAAAGAGGGCGUUUGAUGGGCCUGUGGAAAAGGUGGUGGAGAGAAGACAGAGGAGGAUGAUCAAGAACAGAGAAUCAGCAGCCAGAUCCAGAGCAAGAAAACUGGCAUACACAGUUGAAUUAGAAGCAGAAUUGACCCAGUUGAAAGAAGAGAACGCCGAACUUAAACUAUCACUGGCUGAUCUUGAAAGGAGAAGAAAGCAACAGUCACCUUUUUUGCAGCAUUUAGAGGAAGGGAAUUGGAGAGUUCAAAACAACCUUCAAAAGGCCAAAAAUAAAUCGAGAUCAUUGAGAAGGAUCAUGAGUUGCCCUUUAUGAGAAAAUGAUCUGCAUCUAUAAACAG